CGGAAGCCGGAAGCGCAGUCCCGGGAGCGAUGGCAGCCGGUGGCGGUCUGAGCCGCUCGGAGCGCAAGGCGGCUGAGCGGGUCCGGAGGCUGCGAGAGGAGCAGCAGCGGGAGCGUCUCCGCCAGGUGUCACGCAUUCUGAGGAAGGCGGCUGCAGAACGCAGCGCGGAGGAGGGCCGGCUCCUGGCCGAGAGCGAGGAUCUGGUGACCGAGCUGCAGGGUCGGAGCCGGCGGCGUGAGGGCCUCAAGCGGCGCCAAGAGGAGGUGUGUGAUGACCCAGAGGAGCUGCGGAGGAAAGUCCGGGAACUGGCGGGAGCUGUCCGGAAUGCCAAACACUUGGUGGUCUACACGGGCGCUGGGAUCAGCACGGCAGCUUCUAUCCCAGAUUAUCGGGGCCCCAAUGGAGUGUGGACACUGCUUCAGAAAGGAAGAAGUGUGAGUGCUGCUGACCUAAGUGAAGCAGAGCCCACUCUCACCCACAUGAGCAUCACCCGUCUACAUGAGCAAAAACUGGUGCAGCAUGUGGUAUCUCAGAACUGUGAUGGGCUCCAUCUACGCAGCGGGCUGCCACGGACUGCCAUCUCAGAGCUCCAUGGGAAUAUGUAUAUAGAAGUGAGCGGUACCAGAGGGACACAGGGCCCGGGUGACAGGCAGAUCUCACUCACUAUGCCCUCUCAUCCUCAGGUCUGCACUUCCUGCAUCCCUAAUAGGGAAUAUGUGCGAGUGUUUGAUGUGACAGAACGUACUGCCCUUCACCGACACCAGACUGGCCGGACCUGCCAUAAGUGUGGGACUCAGCUGCGGGAUACCAUUGUGCACUUCGGGGAGAGGGGGACAUUAGGGCAGCCUCUGAACUGGGAGGCAGCGACCGAGGCUGCUAGUAAAGCAGACACGAUCCUGUGUUUAGGGUCCAGCUUGAAGGUACUAAAGAAGUAUCCUCGCCUCUGGUGCAUGACGAAGCCUCCAAACCGGCGGCCUAAACUCUACAUUGUGAACUUGCAGUGGACACCAAAGGAUGACUGGGCUGCUUUGAAGCUUCAUGGGAAAUGCGAUGAUGUAAUGCAGCUCCUCAUGGAUGAACUGGGCCUGGAGAUCCCUGUCUACAGUCGGGUCUUAUAGGGGAAAUCAGUAACUUCUUUUAAUCAAAGGGUUCAAGAAAUUAAGGAUCCCUUCACCUCUGGGCCUGGCAAUUCUUGUAUGUUAUGUUUGUGGUGUUCUGUGACGUGGGCCUAUCCUGUGCUGUACUGUUGUUGUUGUUGUUGUUGUUUUUUAACAUUAAGUUAGCUCAUGUUUUUAAUCAGUGCUUAUCUUUAUCUUACGUUUAUAAUAUGUGGUUCUGCAUCUCAAUCAGAUACAUGAUUUCUUCAUGGUGUAGUCUGUAGGCCAUUCCUCCCUAGCCAGCUGGCCUUCACUCCCAUCCCUGUCAUGCAGUCUGGGAAGGGGAAAAGGGUCUGAUCCACCUGCCCCCAUCCGUACAAGUGAAAGGUGGGGCCCAGAGUGGCUAGCGACUUCUCCUUGGAGAUGGAGCCAUCCUGCAGCUAGCUCUACCCCUCCUGUGUGUGUGGAGCCACUAAUGAUGGAUGAGACACUGAAGAGACCAGCUAGGGCUGUUGUUGGCCUUUGAGUUGCCACCCAAGGAGGUUACCCCUGCAGCUCUGCCAUAGCUCGGUGACACUGGAGCUGCUGCUAUAGCCAAAGCCCAACCACCACUGAGACGCGAGGGAAGGGGAGGAGACAGUUGGCCUCAGAUGGCUUUCCCGUGCCUGGGAGGGUUGUGACUGAGAGAGUCUCAGACUUGUCUGAUGCUGCUUUUCUUUCUGUUAGGUGGCAAGACCCCAUUUUCUCCUUGGCAACUCCCCUACGUGCUGGUGAAGAAGGCAGCCACAGUAGGA